CCAACGGAUACGGUUUUCUCACCUCUGACGGUGCCUCCAUUUUUAUAAAUCCGGUCGUUCCUCCGCUUCCUCGGCAGCGCCGCUGCGGCUCUCAAACCCUAAACCGACGACCGGAGUUCGUCCUCGGAGCAAUGGGGGCUUACAAGUACGUGUCGGAGUUAUGGAGGAAGAAGCAAUCGGAUGUAAUGCGGUUCUUGCAGCGGGUGAGGUGCUGGGAGUAUCGCCAGCUGCCAUCGAUUGUUCGCGUCACCAGGCCAACGCGCCCCGAUAAGGCUCGCCGUCUUGGUUACAAAGCUAAGCAGGGAUAUGUUAUCUAUCGUGUCCGUGUUAGACGUGGUGGGAGAAAGAGGCCGGUGCCAAAGGGUAUUGUAUACGGAAAGCCGAAGAAUCAAGGUAUUACCCAGCUGAAAUUCCAAAGAAACAAGAGGUCUGUUGCUGAAGAGAGAGCCGGCAGAAAGUUGGGAGGACUGAGGGUGCUCAACUCUUACUGGGUCAAUGAGGAUUCAACCUACAAGUACUUUGAAGUCAUCCUUGUCGAUGCCGCUCACACCGUGAUCCGAAAUGAUCCUAGGAUCAACUGGAUCUGCAAGGGCGUGCACAAGCACAGGGAGCUCCGGGGACUUACCUCCGCUGGCAAGAAGUAUCGCGGCCUUCGUGGCAAAGGACAUCGCCACCACAAGGUGCGGCCAUCUCGCAGAGCAACCUGGAAGAGGAACCAGACGUUGUCUCUCCGACGUUAUCGUUAGGUUCUUUAGCUGGCUGCCAUUAGCAACCUUGAAGUGGAACUGUUACCGGUUCUAUCUAUCUGUCUAUCUUCGUCCGAACUGAGAAAGUUGAGUUGUUAAUUUUUACAUGACGUUAAUCAGAUUCUCCAUUUUUAUGACAGUUGAAUUCUUAAUGAAUUUUAAUGAGAUUUCUUUUUAAGUCA